AUGGCUUCAGGCACAUUCUUCUCACCUCAGAAAACCCUCCUCCUCGCCCCCGUCGUCUCCUCUACAUGCUCCCUGCUCUUCGCAUGGGACCAGCACAUAUUCCUAAACCUCCUCACUCACCCGGAACUAAGCGAUCGCACCAACGCCAUCCUCCCGACGUACUGGAGGGUCUUCUUCCCCCGUGGUCUCGCACAGGUCGUUUCCUUUCUGGGCAUAACAACAUGGACCUCCAUCGGGGCAGUUGUAUACCACAAGGCGCUUUUGCAGAAAAGGGGGGCGUUGCCGUGGUAUGUGGCUUCUGCGACGAUGGCGGUUGCUCACCUGGUGUUUGUGCCGUUUGUUGCGCCGGCUAUCAAGUACAUUAUGGAAGAUGAGGGUGGUCGGUCCAGGGAGAGAAAAGUCGCGGAGCCGGGGAAUAGGAACGUGGAUAUGCAGACCCUGCGGGACUACAUCAUGAAGUUUCACAUCUUGACCAUCACAGCCGCCAUCUGCGCAAGUACGUCAGCAAACACAGUCGGAUUCGAAGAGUGGCUACAGCCAGGCUGCCCAGGCCGAGCUUUCCUAACAGCCAAUGCGGCGAGCGGCUAUUGUGUCAACUUGGGAGACUACCCUGGGAAAAGUAUAAGAGUAACGGAGAAAGUAGCAUGCGCAAAGAGCCAGUCUGGCUGGGUUGAGAUUUCGAGCAAGGAAUGUGCUUCGUUUCAGGUUGAUGGGCAGUUUCUUGUGGAUGGACAGUGUCAGGAUGUCGAUUUUGAACCUCUUGCCCUAAGGACGUCUUGCCGUUAG